UGCACCCCUCUGGUUCAUCGCAGGAAUCGCAAGGCCCAUCUGUUUGCAGGCGAAUGCCAUGGGGCUAGCUCGAGACUCUACAAACCAAGCAAAACAUUAACAAACAUAGAUAGCUAGCUUUGAAUGAAAACUCACUUUAUAUAGCAACGUCCGCAGAAAAGUAAUUAUUAAACUACAGAAGCGGGCGUAUCGGCUUGCUUGCAAACAGAAUCACAACACACGUUCAGCUAGCUAGUUAGCCUGCUAGCAACUUUCUCCAGCACGCCUCCCAGUUCCUGCACCACGAGCGUGAGGUAGGGUAAACUGUCGAACAUUGGGUCAAUCAUGUCGGGCAUCAAGAGGAAGAUUGAAGACAAGGACCCAGACUAUGAAGACAUCUCACAGGUUCAGGAGAACAAGCGACACAAAGUAGUGGAACAAAAUGCGAGGGAAGCUACGGUGCAGAAGAUUGAGGCCAUUAUCAAAGACCAGUUCUCUUUGGAGAUGAAGAACAAAGAACAUGAGAUCGAAGUGAUCGGACAGCGUCUGAAUGAGGCCAGGCGAAUGAUGGACAAGCUCAGAGCCUGUAUCGUGGCCAAUUACUAUGCCAACGCUGGGGUGCCCAAGCUCCAAGAGCAGGCAUCCAAGAGCGACCCGGCGGUGCUGAACCACCCGGCCAUCAAGCGUUUCCUGGAGUCACCCUCCCGCUCCUCCUCCCCUCUCAACCAGGGCUCGGACGCCCACUCCCUGGGGCCCUCGGAGUCUGAGUCACUGUCCCAACAGGGUGAGGGGCCGGAUAGGGACGGGGAGGGGGCCUGGAGAGAGGACAGGGGCAGGCAGGAGCGCAGGCCGGGCCGCAACACAGGGAAGGACACGUUUGGCGUCCCAUCGUCAGGUGUGCUGUCCUCAGACGGGGGGGAGCAGAGGGUGACCUACCACACUACAGGAGAUGAGGCUUCCAGGCUCUACAUAAAGAAGACCAUCGUGGUGGGAAAUGUCUCCAAGUAUAUCCCUCCUGAUAAGCGGGAGGAGAAUGACCAGUCCACCCAUAAGUGGAUGGUGUACGUCAGAGGCUCCAGAAGAGAGCCCAGCAUUGACCACUUUGUCAAGAAAGUCUGGUUCUUCCUGCACCCCAGCUACAAGCCCAAUGACCUGGUGGAAGUCAGUGAGCCUCCGUUCCACCUGACACGUCGAGGCUGGGGGGAGUUCCCUGUCCGCAUCCAGAUCCACUUCAAAGACCCCCGCAACAAACGCAUAGACAUCAUACACCACCUUAAGCUCGACAGAACUUACACAGGCCUGCAGACACUGGGGGCAGAAACAGUGGUGGAUGUCGAGCUCCACAGGAACUCCCUGGGGGACGACUAUGUGCUCUCUUCCUCCUCCCACGCCCACCACCACCAGCGUGAAGCCAGCCCCUCGUCCCCAUCCUUCCUGCCCCAAACCCCAGGUCCUCUCUCUGGCCGCUGCAGCUCUCCACUCCCCCUCUCACAGGACAACCACCCCACCACCGCAGAGAAAGGUCUGCCCGUCAAAACCGAGACUGGGAGGUCUGGGGUGUACAGCGCGCCCCCCUCGGCUUCGGAACGCACCCCAUCCCGUCCUAAAGUCACAGAGAAGAUCACACUGGGUUCCCAUGGCAACUCGGCCUUCCAGCCAAUCACGGCCAGCUGUAAGAUCGUCCCCCAGGGACAGUUGCCAAGCCCCUCCGAGUCCCCCGGGAAAUCCUUUCAGCCAAUCACCAUGAGCUGUAAGAUUGUGUCAGGUUCACCCAUCUCCACACCCAGCCACUCGCCCCUCCCCCGUAUCCACACCUCCACCCCGGUACACACCAAACAGGGCUCCUCCGUACUCAACAACCCUUACAUCAUUGUCGACAAGCCUGGCCAUGUCAUCGGCAUGGCAGCGAACUCCGGCGCCUCCACAGGAAGUCCCACAGCCAAGCAGUCGGUUGCGGCCCAGGGGACUCGCUCUCCGGCCCCCAAGGUUCAUACAGGCAGCUUCCUGUCCUCAGGGGUCAAGGUCAUUAUCAAGCAGGAGCCGGGAGAGGUUCCCACUCAGCACCAGCAGCAGAUGGUUUCCUCGGUAACGGCAGCCCAGCAGACCGCCGCCGCAGCAACGCAGCAAUUUGUCGCAGUGAAGGGAGGUCACGUGAUCUCCAUGUCGCCACAGAAACAGACAGGAGGGGCCAGCGGGGCAGGGGCCCCACCCAGCAAGGUUCUGGGUAUCCCUGCCCUCCAGGCAGCGGUGAAGCAGGUGGCCAUCAGCAGCGGACAGAUCCUGGUCGCCAAGGGUAACCCCUCCGUUUCCAAGGUGAUUGGCGGGAAGCAGGUGGUCGCCCAGGGGGUUGCCAAGGCCAUCGUCAGCGGAGCGGCUGGUAGCAUCGUGGGUCAGCAGGUUGUUGCUAAGGCAACGGGGGCCGCAGGGGGAACAGGAAAGAGCGGAGUGAUGGCUACCCUCCAGCUGCCAGCCAACAACCUGGCCAACCUUGCCAACCUGCCUCCGGGCACCAAGCUGUACCUCACCACCAACAGCAAGAACCCAUCAGGGAAGGGCAAGCUGCUUCUCAUUCCCCAGGGAGCCAUCCUCAGAGCUUCCAACUCAGCAGGUCAGCAGUCCCAGGGCAGCUCCUCUACAGGCUCUGGCUCCCAGACCCCCACCUCCUCAUCCAGCAGCCUGCCCUCUAACCUCUCCUACACAUCAUACAUCCUCAAACAGACCCCACAGGGCACGUUUCUGGUUGGCCAGCCGGCGUCGCAGGGCGUGGGGAAACAGGGCGCGGCCAGUUCCACAGGUCACGUAGUGUCGUCCCCUGCGACCGUCAGCCAGCAGGCCAUCCGGGUCACAGCGGGUCAGAAGGCUGCCAUCCUGGCUCAGGCGCUGGGCGGGUCCCAGGUGAAGCUGUCUGAUGGCUCAGUGAAGACGGUAAGCACGGCGACAGCGGCCCACCUGUCCAAGCCCGCCACGACCAUGCUUAGGAUGACGGGCGGAGUCAUCACAGCCACUAGCUCCACCCCCAGCGCUGUCUCCACCGCCGCUGCCACGGCAACUGCCAGUCAACCGGUAGCGGAGGUGUCCGUUCAGGCCAAACCUGUAUCCCACGCUGUCCUGGUGGCAGCCAACCAGGCAGCAGUCAUCAACGCCGCAAAGAACGCCAGCGCCGCUAAUGCCGUUACCAUGGCAAGGAACACCACGGCUGCCAUUACCAUGGCAAAGAAAUCCACGGCAACCUCCGUUACCAUGGCAAAGAGCGCCGCCGGUUUGGUAACCAUGCAGAAGGGCGCCACGGCGCCAACUGUCACCUUGGCAAAGGGUCCCACUACCUCUGGCACCGUUGUUACCGUUGCUAAGAGCAUUACCAACAUGCACGUCAUCAGCAUGGCCAAAGGGGCGGGUUCUAUGGUAGUGGGUGUGCCCAAGAGCGCCAGCACGUCAUUGGUCAGUGCGGCAUCGCUGUUCAGUGGGAUGGUGGCAGGGGGAGGAAAGACUGCUGCUACCCUAUCAGGUAUGCUGAAGAUCCACUCUGGCGGGUCCAGCUCCCAGCAGACAGUGCUGACCGUCCCUGCCAACCAGCCCAAACAACUGGGGGUGGGCACGGGCACAGGAGGCGUACAGACCAUACACAUGCCCGUCAACAGAGACAGUGACACAAAGGCCCAAGCAGCAUAUGACUCUUCUCCAGAGUAUCUGAUAUCUAUUGAAAUCAAUAGAAAACCAGUAGUCCAGUCCAGCUAUGUGUCUAAAGGGCCAGCUCCCAGUAGUAGUUCCACUCCCUCCCCUGGAGCAGGAGUGGCUGCAGCUGGAUUCUCCCCCAGUUCUGCUGCUGCUGCCCAGGCCUCGCCUUCCCCCUCCCUCACCCUGCCCCUGGCCCAAGUGAAGACAGAGCCAGGAGUCUGUACACCCGUCUCUGCUACACCUGCCCCGUCGCCCCCUGUAACAGCCCCUGUUGCCUUCUCCACCCAUGUAGCUGCUCCUCCCACUGCCUUCGCCUCGGUCAAACUGGAGCAGGGGGCCGACACCAGCUCACACCAGCACGUCGAGGUCAUCAACACGGAACACAUAGAGACCCUCAUGCAGCUGCUCACUGCCGUGGUGAAGAAAUCCCCCCUCAUCGUACCAGAGAAGACCGAGGACUCCCAUCCGUUCUGUGCAGUGUCUACUGAGCAGUAUUACUCCUGGAACAUUGGGAAACGCAGGGCAGCAGAGCUCCAGCGUGCGGUAGCAGUGAAGCGUGUGGUCCAGGAUGUAUUGGAGCGCUGCCCCCGCCUGCAGGCCCUCACCCCCCCUAAGACCAGAGAGGUGGUCCAGUGGUGCCGACAGAGAGGCUACACACCCCCGGACCCCGAGCCCCUACGCAGCAGCAGGCCUGACGAAGGAACCAUAGAGGACAUCCUCACACAGAUAGACAACGAACCAGAGUGCCCCUCUACCCUGGGUAGCUGUGAGGAGUUGGUCCAGCGGUUGGAGCAGCUGCAGACCCUGCUGAAGACUGAGCCAGAGGAUGAUGAUGAUGAAGUCCUAGACAUCGUCAGUGUGACCCCGCCCUCUCAGAAGUUAAAGGUCAAAGAAGAGGAACAGGAAACGGACCCCGAGCCCAAGUACUUCCUGGCCCCAUGCCCCUCGGCCCAGUUUGUCAGCGAAACAGCCCAACAGAUUGGCGUGGCCUUUCAGCAGGUGGAGGUGGAGAAGAAUGUUUUUGCUCCAGUGAUCGAGGCCAUGAUUCUCAAGGCGACAGAGCAGUUUGCUAGUGACAUCCUGAGAGAAGCUCUGGCUGGAGCCCACGUAAAAUCCCACCAGAACAGGGCUCCCAGAGAGAUCACAGCCAUAAACAUUCACCAGGCGUCCAGCAGCAUCCCCACAUGUGACUUCCUCACCAACACGCACAUGGGCUACAUGACCAAGGAGGACUGAUUACACACAACCUUAUUCACAACCUAACUAAGAACAACGGCCACUCAGACUGAGAGAGAUACAUGCACACUAGCUACUAGGGCUGGGAAUUACCAGGGACCUCACGAUACAAUAUUUAUCAUGAUACUUACGCGCCGAUACGAUAUGUAUUGCGAUUCUCACAAUUCUAUAUGUAUUGCAAUUCAAUACUGUGAUUUCAUUGCGAUUUGAUGUUCCAAACAUAUUGCUCACCAUAUGUCUGCUGCAGAGGGACAAGAGAGAGCCAUGAGAACAAGUUUUUAUCAUGGAAAUAAAAGUGAUGAAAACAAAUUGGCUCCCUAUUUAAAAAGAUGGAGAACCAGCUAUGAAAUUAUCACAAUACCAUAUGUCUGCUGCCGAGGGACAAGAGAGAGCCAUGAGAACGAGUUUUUAUCAUGGAAAUAAAGUGAUGAAAUCAAAUUGGCUCCCUAUUUAAAAAGAAAAUGAAGAACAAACUCUGAAGGAAAAAUGCGAGAGUUUUGGUGCAGGUUACAGACAGCUAGCGCAAUAAUAAUAUUGCUAAAUUGUCAAAACGAUACGAUAUAUCAUCAGAAAUAAUGUCCCAAUAUGUAACUGUGUCGAUAUUUCCCCCAUCACUACUGGCUACUCACAUCAGUCUCACUAGCUGAGAGACGGGCAGUAAGAGCUGCAGAACGAGCAUAUAGACCUGCCUGUGGGGUUAAACUGAACUGUCGGGCCUGCAGAAGAACACAACAGAGAAACAGUCCGAGCGCUGCAGGAAUGCUCCGACCUUCCCUGGAAGACCAUCUCACCAACUGACAUUUUAAACCAUUAGUCAGCUACUUUUCAUAUCUCAGUAUCAUAAAGUAGAAUCAAGAACACAGACAACACCAAACACCUGGGUGGAAUUCAGGACUCCACAACCUUCUGAACAUUAAGAUAUGACAUGAUCUCUAAACCCUUAGCAGAGUCCAAAACGUGUACAUUUCCUCCAAUAGUUCUAGAAUACUGGACCGUUGGCUUUCAUCGUUUUCCAAUUAUCAGCGCUGCUCAGGCUAUUUCUCCAACCGUCGCCACGUUCAAAUGAAUAGCGGGAGCCAUGUUGGUCGGGAAUUUGGGGGAGGUGCGCAGUCAGGCUGUGCAUCCCCUGCGGAUGGUGGUCGUAGAUCCAGAUGUGUCACAGUGGGCCGCAGGACUAUCGCGUCUCUGCGUCUGUGGACUCUGAAUUAGCUUUAUUUUGUUAUGGGGUCCCCACUCCCCUGACAUUUUAGUGAUAGAAAAUGGGGUCCCCGUUGGUAUACCGUUGCUUUACUCUAUAUGACGACAGAUCAGUAUAUCUGUUCUACUCAAUAAACAGUAUUUAUAUAACGCUGUGCCCUACUGAAUGUGACCCCGGGGAUCAAUCAUAACAUACCUGGCAUAACCGUUUCUUUCAUAAUCUGUUUUAGUUUGUAUAACUGGUUUACCGGACAGCCAGACUAAUGUACUGUAUCCACUGACUUAAUCACAGCUGGGCUCAGUCUGGUCCCUUUAAAGCACCACACAAUGUGAGAUAAACCUUGUAUUGAACAUUGUGGGUCUUAAACAUUGUCGAAUGCUUCAAAAUAGAUGUCUAUGGGACUGUGUGUCUGGUGUCCUCUCUCUCACCUUGUAACAGGAUUAUGUGUGAAUCAAAUGGUUGAAUUUUUCUCUCAAAUGGCCACAACAAUGCACGCCACUAGGCCAAAUAUGUGCUUUGAUUGAAACUAAACACAUGUAGGCUGUGCUAGUUUGUUAACGCCAUCUGCUCGAGAAUUUGCUCGCUGGCCUAAUUCAAAGCAACAGUGUAGGUUCCUUUGAAACUGUACCCUAUAACUCAAGAAGAUGUAAAUGCAUAUCCUCAUGAAACUCUGUUGAGAUCAAAUGGUCGGGAUGCAAAUGCCGCAUGGAAGUGUCACCAGUAAAACUUGAAGAAUGAUAAUUCACGAUCGACAGUGAGAAAUGCACAAGUAGAGCAGAGACUGUGUAGAGUAGAGAAUUCUGCUUCGGGACCUGUAGCUGUCGUGAAGAAAGAUCCAGAGAAGUCCGAUCCGCAGCCUCGACCAUUAAAGUAUUGUCUGUCUGACAGUCACAGGGAGGAGAGUAAAGUGGCUUACAGACCUACUGUACAUCAGACCAGAUGAUGACCCCCCCCCCAAUAACAGUCUUAAUACCAUUGUACUCUUCUGGGAAACAGUGUUCUUUUCAUUCAGUCAAUUCAAGAUUUAGAAAUCAGAAUGCAAUUGGUUCAAUUAUUUUCCAUGAGGGAUUUUAGACUCACAGAUUAUUUAAAAAACUUGUCCUGAAUUGACUGAGUUGAAAUGGAACAGGGCCCAAUCCUGACUGUUGUGUUUGUGUCUAGACUGUUCUCAAGUGUCACAUAUCAGCCUGAUCACAGAUCUGUGUGUGUUUCAGCCGACUAAGCAUGUAUGCAAUGACAACAAUAGCCAGAGGAGUCGAGCUGAACAUGCACAUAUAGAUCUUGGACCAGGCUAGAUGGAUAUGUCAAUGAAGUAGUGCUAUAACUUGAAAUGUUGGACAGUAGGGAUGCAGGGGCCACAUCUGUGUGAGUCCAAGGUUAACGUUGUGUUUUUUACUUGGUCCACUCCCCUCUGGAGUAGGGUUGACCGUUAGUUGUUGGUAAAGUGCAUUUGUAAUGUUAUGUUUUCGAUACAGUAUGUAUGUCCCUACCACUAUGACUGUGUAUUUGUGUACAUUGUGUGUAUGACUGACUCCAGUUUUUGUUUGUUCACUUCAUAUCAAGCCCCGCUACCAGCAAAGUCAUUACUAUGGUGUGUUAGAAUGUGUUUGUGUGCAUUAUUUAUGUUUUUUGUGUUAGUGUGUGUGUUGGGGUAAAUGUGGUGUGAAUAUGGGUGUACUGUGUACCUGUAUACGAGAGUGAGAGAAAGUUAAGGUGAAUUAAUGAAAAUAUCUUUGAAUAUGAUGCAUUUUGGAUGUUGUGUGUACAUGGUUGUUGGUGGACAUUUAGCUUGUGUAGGAGUGAAGAUGAUAGGUGUUAUGUUUCAGUAUGAAUCUGGUAAGUGUGUGGUGUGCUCACUCUAAACUGAGUGGUCACCUUGCCCGUUUGACCAAACUUUAUGUAUUGUAGAAAUAAUAUCAAUUGACCAUUAUAUUUUCAUUUUCCAGUGCACACCAAAAAUAUGAUCAAUAUUCUUGUAUUAAAAUGGAAAACUUGUUUAUAAAA